CGCAGCACCUUCUUGGCCUCUCCUCUCUCACAGUCUCACUCAGCCACUCUCCUCCUUCCUCUCAUCGAGCUCCUCCUCACUCCCUCACUUCUCUCUCUCUGGCCUAUGAACGAACACACUGAAGAACGUAGAGAAGACAGAAGAGAACUCGAACGCAGCUUGGAGGAAGCACCGAAGCAGCCAUCUCUCGUCGCCGUACCUCAAUGUCCAGCCACAGCCGCUGCUUUAGCUUCGGCGCAACGUCGCCCUUGUUCGUCGCCGAUCCGCCUCCUUUUUGGCCAACUUCUGCGUCUGUUUUUUGGCCAACCCUUGUUCGAGCUGCGUAGCCCUCUGUUCAGUCCUCUACGCCGCGUGUUCGAGCCUCUGUUCAGCCUCUGUUCCGCGGCCUUUCAGCCACCGUUCCGCCAUUGUCUGCCUCCAUUCAGCCAUCUCCGUCGCGAUUUAAAGCUCCUCCCUUUCCCUGUACUGUUUGAAUUUCAGAACUGCUCCAUCCUAAGGGGCAUGAGAGUCAUGGAGUUCAUCUCUGUCACAAAUGUGGAUGGCCUUUCCCGAAUCCACAUCCAAGUGCCAAGCACAGGCGUGCUCACAAGAAGAUCUGUGGAACCAUUGAAGGUUACAAGCUAUGUUCCUCCGAGGAACAAUCUCGCUCAAACGGCUCAGAUGAUGGACAUGGUUCUGAUGAUGAUAAAAAAUCCCCAGGUUAUGUCAGGUCCAGAGGUCUUGAAUAUAGGCAACAAGGAGAAGGAUGAUAGUGGAAUUGGAGAUAAAAUAAAUAGAUCAGAAGAUGAGGUGUUUUCAGAUGCAAUUGCAGACUUUUCAGAUAGUCAAGGAGUUAAGAAAUCUCUGCAGGAAGGUAGUUUGGACUCAAGUACCAGUGUGGAAUGGGACGGCAAAGAUGAUCCAAAAUUUUCAGGGUCUUCCAAGGACAGUGAUUUUAAUGAUUCCAAAGUGAUCUCACAAUUCAAAAGUUCAAUUUUCAUGUGCUCUAGGCAUAUGGAGGCUGUGGUGUGAAGAGAGGCCAUUGGAGCUUAUAGAUGAAUCAUUAACUGACUCAGUUGCUGCAGCAGAAUCUGAAGUGCUAAGAUGCAUUCACAUAGGGCUUUUAUGUGUACAAGAGAGACCAGAGAAUAGGCCAGACAUGUCAGCCAUAGUUCUAACGCUGAAUGGUGAGAAACCAUUACCAAGGCCAAGGGACCUGCUUUUUAUCCACAUCAGUUUGGCUUUUCAUCAGGGAAUUGUGCAGUAAAAUCAGCUAAUGAAAUUUCUGACAUUGUUAGAUGCUAGAUAGUUUAUUUUAGAGUUUAACAUACUUUAAGGCAAAAGAAAAACGUUCACUCUAAAUGUAUAUAUCAUUACAACAUGUUCUUACUUAUUAUACCUCAUUGAGUGCACUUUCUUGUCUAUUAUAUAGUUUCAUUUCUAUUUAGAUUCAGGAUCCACCAUUGGGAUAUUUUUC